CCCUCGGCAGUGGGACGGGGAGAGCCGAGCAGGACAGCACAUCCAGCAGCAGGAGGACGCCAUGGAGCUGCCGUGGGUGCUGCUGGCGCUGGCUGGGACGGCAGCCGCCGACCUGGCCCGGCUGCCCUACGUGCCCCAAGUGCCCCCCAUGGCACUGCUGGGCAAGGUCACCGCCACCACCUUCGCGCUGGAGAGGCCCCGCUGCGUCUUCGACGGCCACGCCGAUGCCUCCGACGCCGUUUGGCUGGCCGUGGCCUUUGCCAACGCCUCAGCCGCCUUCAGAAACCCGCAGUGCCGGGCUGAGGUGCCCCCGUACCAGCAGCUGCUCGCUGCCCGCUCCUACAUGACCCUGGAGACGGCGGCGGCCGCGUAUUCCUGCUCGGCCCCGAGCCCGGCCGUGCUGCGGGUCGGGGGUGACACGGCGUGCAGGGACCAGGGCAGACAGGACCCCUGCAAUGGGCCCCUGCCCUCCCCGGGACCCUACAGGGUGAAGUUCCUGCUGAUGGGCUGCCGCGGCCCCAAAGCGGAGACGCGCUGGUCCGAGCCCAUCCUCCUGCGCACAGCGCUCAGCCCGAGCACCAUCGAGGCUGCUCCCGCUCGCCCUGGCAGCGCCCUGGUGGUGAUCGCCUCCAUCCUGGCCAGCCUGGGGGCCGCGCUGGCCGCCGCCGUGCUCGGAGCCCUGGGUGCCAAGGUGCGGGGCUCCCUGUGCCACCCGGGCUUGGGGAGCGGCGCCUUCACCCGCAGAUCCUACCGGACCCACCACAUCCCCCCGGCCCGGCCCCAGCCCCCGCCCCCCGGCUGCAGGUGCAGCCCCCCGGGGCUGGGCCCCUCUGCCCCCCAGCCCCCUGCCCCGUGCCAGAGAACCGUGGAACAGUUUGGGUUGGACGGGACCAUGAAGGGACCACCUCGUUCCAGCCCCCCUGCCACAGGCGGGGACACCUUCAACUAGACAUGAGCUGUCCUGACAAGUAAAAUCUGA